AUGAAUACGUCAGUCACCCAGCCUGCUGCUGAAAUCGCCGCCUCGAACCGCAAAACACUGGUCAUUCCACUGCUCAUCAUCGCCAUCGGCACCGGCUGGUUACUGACGACACUCAACAUCGUGCCCGGACUCAACUGGAUCUGGAUUCUCGGCCUGGCGAUCACCGGCCUGACCUCCUUCGCCGUCAGCGGAAUCGACAAGUCCUCCGUCCUGAUCGGCCCCUUCUUCCUCAUCGCCAGCACCCUCUCCGUCCUGAGACAGAUCGGCUACGUCACCUUCAAUAUCGAAAUCCCGAUUCUGGUGAUCGUCAUCGGCUGCCUGCUGCUCAUCGCCCGCAGUCCUUCCAUCCCACUGCCCAAAUGGAUGAUCUUCGAUUCCGCAGACCACAGUGGAGUAUACUCUAUCGAGAAAGUAGUUCACUCCAGUCAAAUGUGGAAUACAAACGGUUGUGAAAUGACUGACAUGUUUCGUCUCGAUUAUAAAGUGCUCGCGAUAGUUCUGGUUCUGCUGCCCGGAACAUCCUCACUCGCUGCUGACCAGCGGCUUUCGACACUGAUUCACAAUGUGUCUGACCACGAGCAGCGUUACCAGAAUCUGGAGUUCUAUCGGCAGUGGAAACUUCAGUUGAAGCUACCCGGUUCGCUUUUAAAACAAAGAGAUGACACGAAUCUGUUUCGAGAACUCCAGCGCGAUUCGCGGCACGUCUACCAGGACGGGUGCUUUACGAUUCAGGAACAGAUUUCAGCAGUUUCACUGACGGGCGUGAAAUCCAGUCACAAGAUUCGCAUCAGCUAUGAUGGCCAGCAGACGCGACUGGUGGAAGACGGCACUAUCAGAUUCGAACCGGGCAAAGAUCUGAACUGGCCCUUACGCAAACCUCACGUCUUUCUACUGGAUCGCCUGGCUGAAGAGCCGACCCUUUCCAGGUUGCUGACCAGUCCGACAGCCAGAGGGUAUUUUCUCAGCAUCGCUUAUGAAACAGAAGAAAUCAUCAACGGCUUGAACUGUCACCGGAUCCGCCUCGAAACCUGGGUCAAAGGCCAGCAGCAGCAUGAUUUUAUCCGGAUCUGGCUGGCCCCGGAACGCAACUGGAUCCCGAUUCGUACAGAAGGCUACGCCCUGGGCUAUAGUGAUUCGAUUCCGUUACAGAUCAGCGAAAUCACAGCGUGGCAUCAACCGGCUCCCGGACUCUGGUUCCCGCACAAGAUUCGGGACAUAACCCAUGAUGAACAGUCCGCAGCACAGGGAAAAACAGUGAUUUCGUAUGAGAGUGAAACCUCACUGACGAGUAUCUCCUUCAGUCCAAAAUUUGAUCGCUAA